UACUCUGUAAAUACGACCAAACAGUUUUUUUUUUUUUUUCAAAUUAUUGCACUAUUAUUUUAUUUUGAGAACAUAUACAUUAUGUGACUACCCUUACCCUCUCCGUAUAAGAGAUAGAUAGAGGGAGACAGAAAGAGGCGCAGGCUGGUAGCUGUGCCUGUGAGCGUGUUUCUUUUCUCACCUACUAUAUCAGGACUUGUCUUCUCAUUUUCAUGAAGAAAUUAUUUGGGUUUUUGUUUUGCUUCAAAGGAAACAUAGAAUACGACUCUUUCUUCCUCCUCGCUCCAAGUUCCUGCAUAUUUGCAAUGAGGCAAGAUUGAAUUUUUGCGUCUUCUUUUUUGGUAUACACCUCUCUCACUAAUUUGCCAGUUUUUUACUGUUGAGCGUUUUUCACCUUUGGAUGCCAAACUCAUGUAGAAAGGUCACGACUUUAGCCUCAGAGAAAUGGGAAUCGAUGGAGAUGUGAUUCUUUAGCGUCUUUCUUGCGAAGAUAUUGAGUUAAAAUUCGAUUUUUAUCCCAUAUGCUCUAUUCCUUAUCAUUUCGAAGCACUUGAAAGCCUUCCUCUAGCUCAGUCACUCAACUCUAUCUAUAUUUGCUUUCGGGUAGCUCCCUCCUCCCAAAAAGGAGGUAGUGGCGUUAAACCUCUUGUUCAUUUUGAAGCUACUUUGAGUUUGACUUUUAUGAUUGGAAAAAUUGAAACUUGAUGCCGGUGGAGUGUUGGUCUUGGACUAAAAAUGGAGUUUCUGGAUUGAAGAUGUUGGUUUGCACUUUCACGGUUGUUUUGGCUUUGAGCUUCUGCUUCCAUUUAUAGGAGGAUCUUUGUGCUUGUGGGGCUUUUAUUAGUCCUAUGGAGAAAAGAAGAUACAGUCCCCAACAUACCACCACCAAAGUCACAGCUAUGCUUUUGUUGUUGAGUUUUUGCUUUCACCCCAUAUUGGUACAAUGCCAAGAAAGUAGGACUAAAAGGACAAGACACCUCUCUACUGAAAUUCCAUCGCCUUCUAGACCUCCUCAUUUCAGUUCAGGGCUCAAAAGGAUCCUUCUUAGUAUCGUUUUAGGAGUCUUAACUGGAUUAACAGGAACCAUUCUUUGCGCUUUUGCGGUCCGUUGUUUGAUUCGUUAUAUGAACCGAACUCCAAUCCUCAAAGGCCCUGUUAUAUUUUCUCCAAAAAUCGCUCCCAAAACUCUUCAAUCAGCUCUUGCAAGCGAAAACCAGUUGCUGGGUUCCAGCUCAAACGGUAAAUACUACAGGACGGUUUUAGACAAUGGGCUCACAGUUGUUGUCAAGAGGCUAGAACCAUUUGAGAGCGGUUCGCCGGAGAGGCAAAGCAAGUCUCUCAAGCGAAGGAUACAGCGGGAGUUAGAAAGACUAGCUAGCUUGAGACACAGGAAUUUGAUGAGUUUAAGAGCUUAUGUUCGAGAAUCUGAUAGGUUUUCUCUGGUCUACGAUUUUGUGCCAACUGGUAGUCUUGAAGAUGCAAUGAAUAGAGUGAGAGACAAUCAGUUGCAGCUCAGUUGGGAAGUUCGCCUUCGGAUUGCAGUUGGGGUUGUUAAGGGGCUUCGAUAUCUUCACUUUGAAUGUGUCCCUCAUAUUUUGCAUUUUAAUUUGAAGCCUACAAAUGUGAUGUUGGAUGCUGAAUUUGAGCCAAGGUUGGCAGAUUGUGGAUUGGCUAAGCUCAUGCCCAAUUUGGAUAGAGCCACAUCUGGCUACAGCGCUCCUGAAUGUCUCCAGAAUUCCAGGUAUACUGAUAAGAGUGAUGUAUUUAGCUUUGGGAUGAUAUUGGGUGUUUUGUUAACUGGGAGAGACCCUACCGACCCAUUCUUUGGGGAAGCAACUAGUGGAGGUAGCUUAGGUCGUUGGCUUCAGCAUUUGCAGCAAGCCGGGGAGGCAAGGGAAGCACUUGACAAGAGUAUACUCGGAGAAGAAGGUGAAGAAGAUGAGAUGCUCAUGGCAGUUAGAAUUGCUGUCAUAUGCCUAUCAGAUUUGCCAGCGGAUAGGCCUUCUAGUGAUGAACUUGUGCUCAUGCUGUCCCAACUGCACAGUUUUUAACAGGAAUGUAAGUAUUUUCGCUAAACUGUGGUAUGCAAAUUUUGGAAAUCAGGUUUCUGCUUUGAAGGUUUGGUUUGCAAUUCUGAUGGGGGCUUUAACUUGUUAACAAAUUGCGAAAAGACCUUAGAUAGCUGCAUAAAGUUGUGGCCUUUUUGCUUAGUUUCUAUUUCUUGAAUUUGUAUUGCUAAUCAUAUCAUACAGUUUUGUGUACACGACUUGUGACUGUAAUUGAGGAUUGAUAUAGUCAAGGGACUUACUUACGCGAGAGAAAGAACUGUUUUAUCAAUGACUGCGUGGGACAUAUCUCUAUUAUUGUGUUCUCAAAAAAUGAUGGUGGGGUAUUGUACUGUUGGCUGUCUGUACUUGGACAGAACUUUUCUGAAGUGACAAGCCCUUUUACCUUGAAAAAA